CUCCACUCCACGCAUAUAUCAACCUCAACACUACCCCAAUUCACCCACAUCCUUCACCCACAAAAGCACCCCACUAACCCUCAAAAUGACAGUCAUAGCAGUAGCAGGCGGCACCGGCGGCGUAGGCAGAACCAUCGUCGAGACCCUCCUCGAAGAUACCACCCACAAGAUAAUCAUCCUAACCCGCAGCACUCCCCAAGACCCCCCCACCUCACGCACCCACCAUCUCCAAGUCAACUACUCCGACAUCCCCGCCCUCGCGCACCUCCUCACCACCCAGGGCAUCACGACCAUCAUCUCGGCCAUCGGCAUCACCACCCCCGAAACCAGCCAAGCGCAACUGAACCUCAUCGACGCGGCCGAGCAAUCCCCCACCGUCACGCGCUUCCUCCCAAGCGAGUACUCUUUCAUCCAGACCGCCGACCACCUCGAAAUCGACCCCAGCAUAAAGCACUGGCUCGCCGCGGCCCACAAGCUGCAACACGACGCCCCAUCCCUCAAGUCGACGCGGGUGAUCCCCGGCUUCUUCAUGGAUUACUGGGGGAUGCCGCACGCGCGGACGCACCUGCAGCCGGGGCUGUUUGGGAUCGACGUGCAAAACGGUCGGGCGGCAAUCCCUGGGGACGGGAACGACCGGCUGUGCAUGACGUAUACGUACGACAUGGCGCGGUUUGUGGUGCGGCUGCUCGAGGAGGUGGAUGCCGCGGAGUGGCCCGAGUUCAGUGUGGUGGUGGGGGAUGUGGUUACAUAUAAUCAGUUGUUGGGGAUUGUGGAGGGGAUUCGAGGCCGAAAGUUCUCCGUUGUGUAUGACAGCCCCGAGAAGAUCAACCAAGGGCAGGUCACCAUCCCUGCCAUCCCAGAGGGCUACACCGAGGAGGAAGCCCACGAGGUGACGGUGCUGGUCAGUCGGCUCACCAUCGCGGGGGUGUUCGAUCUGCCCGUGGAAGGGCGGCUGAAUGAGCGCUUCCCCGAGAUCGAAACGGUCAAGGUGAGGGAGUUUCUGGUUGAUGCGUGGAAGGGGAGGGAUUAACCCUACCCUUCAAGUAGGCGUGUAUCUUAUUCCCUUGCAUAUCCUGCGAUUGCAUAAGCUGG